AUGCCGGGCUUCUCUUCAGCUGCGGUGACAUCGAGCUGUGAUGACAUCACUCACCGAAUUGUCUCGACGUCAGCUGAGCUUGACAGUCUGUUGAAGGCCAUUGACCCGGGGAGUACAGCAGCGCAGCACUUAAUUUCGGUUUCGGCAAAACUCGAACAACUUAAAGAUACCACGCAGCAGCUUCGGCUGUCCCUCGAUGAGUCCUCUGCCAUAUCUCCCGGUCUUCGAAAUGCCUUGGCUAUCGCUAUUCAGCCUUGCGCAGAUGCUGCGGCUGUCGUGGACAAGCAGAUACAUAGACUCGAUCCAGGAAACGUGAUGGGCCUCAAUUCCAAUGUGAUUCUGCAGUACGAGAACUAUUAUUCGACGAACACUCGCUUAUUCGCACAAUUUGUCUCCGUGGCGCAUAUGUCAACUGUCACCCAGCAGGAUGCAAUGCUGUCUUCCUCCGACGGGCAUGGAAUGUUAGAAUCAGCAGUAGAGGCGUCUCAAAUCGUUCUGACGCGCAGCGACAUACUGCAACCCUUAGACGAAGCUGGUCAAUCCGCCUUUGAUGUCUCAGCUAUUGCCGGAGAAUUUGGGGACGACCAAGCAGAUGAGCCGCCACCGGACUACACGUCUGGAAAAGCCAAUAAGGGGAAAAGUAAGGCAUCUGGCCAGUUCUUCUCCUCGAUUUCGAGCUCUUUCAAAGCGAUGACGGCUGGCUUAAGAGCCAAACCGGAGCCCAUGGUCAUCGCCAUGUGCCAGGCCGCCAAGAGCGGCGAUGUGGGACAUCUGAAAGGAUUUCUUUCGCAAGGGGUCAACAUUAACGGCCAGAACCAAGAAGGAUUCACGCCGCUCAUUUGCGCUAUCAGAGCCAACCAGAUGAAAGCCGUCGAGUUCCUCGUCAAGUCUCAAGCCGAUCGAUCAAUCAAGGACUCCUGCAGCGGCAAAAAGAAGCCCCCCCUUUUCCACGCCGCCGAAUGUGGCUUUGUGCCAAUCGCAGAGUUUCUCAUCAAUCAUGGUUUCGAGAUGAAAGAGCGUUCAUGGUCUGGACAACCGUACUUCAUCGAGGUCGCAAACAGCGACCAGCUUGACAUCAUCAAGCUUUUCUUACGACGAGGCUGCGAUGCCAACACAGCUGCAAUCAGUGGCCGCACCAUCUUUAUCCACGCUAUACUCAGCGGUAGUCUUCCACACAUAAAGCUCCUGCAGGAAUAUGGAGCCGACGUCAAUGCUCGCGAUAUCAGUGGUCAGCCUGCGCUACAUAUGGCUUUAGGACAGAACCGCAUGGACAUCGUUACGUUCCUGCUGGAGCACAGCGCUGAUCCAAACACUAUGGACCUUACCGGCAGCACGAUGAUUAUUUCCGCACUGCACAAGAAGAAGUACGAUCUUGUCAAGACCUUGCUAUCCCGUGGCGCCGAUCCGAAUGCCACUGGGUUAAUGGGUAAAGGCAUACUGUGGACCUUGCUGCAAAACAAAGACAUGGAGGAGGGCAUCAAGAUCGAACUCAUCAAAUCACUUCUGGCACGAGGAGCCAACCCGAAUCAAGUCGACAAUUGGGGAGAAUCCAUCAUGAGCAUGGUCGUGACCCUGGGCAACACCGAUCUUCUACGCAUGUUUCUUGCUCACGGCGGUAAUCCAAAUAAGAAGGUCAAGGAUAUGACAUUCUUGCUCUACGCCAUUGACCAAAAUAGACACGAGGAUGUCAAAGUGCUCCUCCAACACGGGGCGGACCCGAACGAGGCAGACACUAAGGGCAGAACCCCCUUGGUCGAAGCGCUUCAGACAGAAAAUUACGCCAUACUACAAGCAGUCCUCGCUCACGGCGCAGAUGUUAACAAGAUGGGCCAGAUCAAGCCGUUGGCAUUGGCGCGGUUGCUUCAGAACCAGGAAAAUAUCAAGUCGCUGACAGACCGAGGUGCCCAAGCCCCAGAGCGGCCGGCGGCGGCGGCGACGAGAGCACCGUCCACGCCCGUCAGCCCGAGGCGGCCAAUUCCGUCAGCUACCCAGAACCAACCAAGUGAAAGUACGGCUGAUAUGCCACCGCCUUACGCGGAAACUAGUGCUUUGGAGGAAGCUGGGGCCGCGAGCCCACCAAGCAGCGCGAGAAGACUUGUUCAAGUCGGCUCCUUCAGCCUGCAAAAAUCGACGUGA